AAAUAUAACAAAGAACAUGAAGAAAAAUACAUUUAUAACGUUGAUGUCUUGUUUGGUGCAGAUGCAGUUGACCCAAGACCAGAGUGGGAAUUGAUAAAAGAACCUAUCAAAGGAUUAUCAGGUCAAGUUCCUGCUUAUAUUACAUUAAAGCAUUCUCCAAUGACCAAAGUUGAGAAGCCAAAGCUCAAGAUAGAUGCAGGUGCUCGUUUUAAAGUAUUACAAGUUGCUGACUUACAUUUCAGUACAGAUGAAGGUGUUUGUCGUGAUCAAUACCCUGAAGUUGCUGACUGUAAAGCUGAUAAACGAACAUUGAAAUUUUUGGAGUCUGUCCUAGAUAUCGAAACCCCAGAUCUUGUGGUUUUAACCGGUGAUCAAGUAUUUGGUGAUGAUUCAUUUGAUUCUGUAACAACAAUGUUGAAAGUUUUAAACCCAUUUAUCAAAAGAAAAAUACCGUAUGCCGUGAUGUUUGGUAAUCAUGACGAUGAAGGCUCCCUCACAAGAGAACAACUGAUGAGUUUGAUUGAAGCCGCACCUUAUUCAUUAGCUCAAGCAGGUCCUUCUAACGUUGAUGGUGUUGGGAACUAUGUAUUUUCCGUGAAAGAUAAUGAUAAAAAGACAAAUUUGUUAACAUUUUAUGUGUUGGAUUCUCACAAAUAUUCACCAAGACCAAAGACUAAUCCAGGUUAUGAUUGGAUUAAGGAAAAUCAAUUACUGUUUGUUCAACGUCAACAUGAAUCUAUUCUUGAAACGCAUGAAAAUCAUCUAUCGUUUGCCCUAUUCCAUAUUCCAUUACCUGAAUACAAAAAUUUAAAUAAUCAGCCAUUCAUUGGUAAUUACAAAGAGGGUAUAACAGCACCAAAAUACAACACUUAUGCAAGAGAUUUAUUUGCAAAGAUUGGGGUUUCAAUUGUCUCUGUUGGUCAUGAUCAUUGUAAUGAUUAUUGUCUACUUGAUUCAAAUGCUGAACUGAACAAUAAGUUAUGGUUAUGUUAUGGAGGUGGAUCAGGAGAAGGUGGUUAUGGAGGUUAUGGUGGAACAACAAGAAGAUUGAGAAUAUUCGAUAUUGAUACAUCGGAUGCAACUGUUAAAACUUAUAAAAGAUUAGAAACAACACCUAAUGAAAUCUUUGAUCAACAAACAUUAGUGCAAAAC